UGCCACCGCCAAUGUUAGUGGUGCUGCGGCGGCGGCGACUGCGAAGGAGGAGGACGUUCUAGGCCGGAUUGCCCUGCCCAUUCCGCCAGUCUCCCUGCCCCCUUCCUCCCGCCGGGGGCCUUGCGCUGAGCUGGGGCCCGGCAGGGAGGGGGCAUGGCUGCUUCGCCUGGGGCCCGGCAGGCCGCCUGGGGCCCGACAGGCACGGGCCAUCGAGGCGGGGGUCCCCGGCCGUGAGUGGUCUCGCCUGCCUGCGUGUGCUCAUCCUCCAGUUUGAAAGCAAGUUUCCAAGAUGAUCACUAAAUCCUUCUGUCUGUCCUCAUACAGAGGGAUCCCUUCCUAUUUCAGCCUGGCCUCUGAGAUGUUGUGUUCUCUGCAUCUUCUCUGGUAGCUUUUGCAAAUGAAAAUGGAGGACAUGACUUUGUCGGGCCUGGAUAACAGCAAACUGGAGGCUGUGGCUCAUGAUAUUUAUACAGACUUGAUUGAGGAUGCUUGCCUGGGCUUGUGCUUCGAGGUGCACCGUGCUGUCAAAUGUGGGUACUUCUUUCUGGAUGACACAGAUCCUGAAAGUAUGAAGGACUUUGAGAUUGUGGAUCAGCCAGGGCUGGAUAUUUUUGGCCAGGUCUAUAACCAAUGGAAGAACAAAGAAUGUGUGUGCCCAAAUUGCAGCCGAAGUAUCGCCGCCUCUCGCUUUGCCCCACACUUGGAGAAGUGCCUUGGUAUGGGCCGGAACAGCAGCCGCAUUGCCAAUCGGAGGAUAGCAAGUAGUAACAAUAUGAACAAAUCCGAGAGUGACCAAGAGGACAAUGAUGAUAUAAAUGAUAAUGACUGGUCCUAUGGAUCUGAGAAGAAAGCAAAGAAGAGGAAAUCGGAUAAGAAUCCCAAUUCACCCCGAAGAUCUAAGUCCUUGAAACAUAAAAAUGGGGAGCUGAGUGGUAACCCAGACCCAUUCAAGUAUAACAACUCUGCUGGAAUCAACUAUGAAACACUGGGCCCUGAGGAACUCCGUACGUUGCUCACCACACAAUGUGGGGUGAUCUCUGAACACACCAAGAAGAUGUGUACACGGUCUCUGCGUUGCCCCCAGCACACGGAUGAACAGCGGAGGUCAGUCAGGGUCUACCUCCUGGGACCCUCUGCCUCACUUCCUGAGUCUGAAGGAAAUGUGGAAAAUGAUAGUUUUGAUGUGACAGAAAGUCAAGCCCUUAUGAGUAGACUGCAGUGGGAUGGAUCUUCAGACAUCUCUCCCUCUGAUUCAGCUUCAUCAAAAGCAAGUACCAACAACUCAGAGUCCCGAAAAACCAAAAAGAAGAAACCACAUAUGAGCCUGGUAGGAGGUGCUCCAGGAAUGAGCUCCAGUAAGAAGAAACUGAAGCCUAAACCGCUUGCACCUCCCACUCCCAGUCUCUAUGAUGACAUCAACUGAACACUGGGAUGAGAAAAUGGAAGGGGGGAAUGUGCCCCGGUACCCUUCAGACCCAGUUCAUAGGAAAGGAGCUGAACUGCAUCUUCUUGUGCACUCUCUCAUACACACUUUUUCUAGAAACUAAAGAGAGAUGGCUGCAUGCCUCCCCUUCUCUCUCUUCUCAUGCCUCCAAUACACAUUGCACAGCCUUUUGUGUCCAGCGGAUGAGGAAUGAACGGACUGGACUGGUUUCGGUGCAGUGGCACCCACCACUUCUGGGGAAAGGGGGUGGUUUUGAGGCAGGGCCUUGAAGAUGGACAUUGCCUCCAUCAGUCCAUUCUUUCUCCCUGUUUCAACACAUCUAUUUAUUGUGAUGUUUGUGGAUGUCCAAUCAUGACUAUAUAUACGGUGGCAUUCUAUUGCUUAGCAACACUGGAGACUGACUGGGCAGAGUAGGCGGGUGUGUAUUUCUGCCGUCAGCCUUUUGUCCUGGUUUGGAAGGGCCCAAGGAGGAAUGGAGAGCAACUGUGGCCUUUCAGUGCCUGCCCUUCUGUCUCGAAAGUGUCUGCUCCAGUGGCCUCCUUUUUGUUGUGAGAAGUGGCUCAAUGCCCUGAGUCAGCCUCUUUCUCUCUGAGCCUUUGCAGUGCUCAGUUGUUUAAAAGGCUGGUUGUGUUGCUGCUGGUCCACUAGCAGGAGUAAUGCUCUUAUCGCUAUGGCAAUCCUCAGGCAUCUGCACAACCUGAGUAAAUUGGGAUGGGGCAGAGAGGUUGGACCUGAUUUUGUUAUGGUCACUAUUGCUCCCUUUCAACCAUGUCUUCUUCCUCACUAGUAGCAUUUCUAAGUUUUUGUACAAAGAAACAUUAAGAAUGGCUGUGAUAAAAAUGGGCAAUAUUUCCCAGUAUAUGCAUGUCAGGAAGUUGGUGCAGCGAUUGGCUUCCUAACUCGUGCAUUGGGCACAAAUCUUCAUUUGCCCAAUCUUGACGAGCCAGUACUAAGACUUGCAUUGGUUUAUACACAUCUUGUAUGUAAGUAUGAAUCUUCAUACAUCCCUGAAAACUGGGUGUACAUUGGAAUAUUUGGUGAACUUUAAAUAGCUCUAUUUAACAUUCCACAGAAGCUCAUGGAGGCCAGGCAGGAGAGCCAUUUUUUGUGGUCUGUCAGCUGUUAGUCUUUAAUUCUUCCCUAUCGCAGUAUGUGUGGUGGAUAGACUUAGCCAGUCUGGGUCAAUGAAUCUAAACAAACCAUGUUAGAGUACUGGAGCCAAGCUUGGCAGGCACAGGUGGUGGUAGGUGGGGAUGGCAAAUGUAUACUUUAGGUGAGUAAUCAUAUUGUCUUUUGCCUGCCUGCCUGCCUGCCUGUAUAGACUCUCCUCUCCACCUCAUUCCUGGCCCCAGUUUUAUUCCCUAUACAAACACCUGCAGUUUUAAUCUAGUUCAAUAAAUCAUGGUCCUAUAUUGUGUGGAGUCUUGAAAUGGCAGAACUACCACCAGAGCUGCAGCAUAGCUCUUUUCCUUAAAAAAAAAAAAAAAAACAAGGUUGAGAAUGGUGGAAGACACCUGCUUCCCAACAGACUGUCCAGAAGCCACACAACUUUUUCUGAACAUACAGAAGGGAAUUUCUUGCAUAGUCGUCUCGUUUUAGAAAAUUGUUUCAAUUUACAUGUGAAAAAGGGUUUUUCUCCUGCAGCCGUGCUGUUGUGGCUGUGCACAAGCCUACUUCAGGUAAGACAACAGGCCGGUUUUAGUGAUGCAGUAACUUGUGCAUUAGGCACCAAGGCCAUACUGAAGUCUGCUGCUUGUGCUGGCUCUUUGGAUGGGGCUACCUAUUCUUAACUGAAGUUCUACUCUUCCCCCCCACCCCCCUUUCCCCAUUUCUCUUAAAACUGAAAAAGCUUGUUUGGUACUGGUGAAGGUCUGCCCUUGCCACUUCUAAGAUCCAUGAGCUUAAUUAUCUAGUGAGAAGCUCUGUAGGUGACUACCACCUACACCCUUGAAAUGGAGUAUUUUCACCAUGUGUUUUUAUGGAAAGUCUUGAAGGACCUGUUAUGUUUCAGUCUCCUCCCCUAGUGCCUCACACCUUUCUCUGGUGCUCUUAGAGGCUGUGGGAACCCAAAUCCUGUUAGCUGUAUUUCCUUACUGCUGAAUCUAUUGCACCUAUAACCAUCAAACAGAACAGUCAUGUGACUGAUGAUGGCCCAAGCUGUUAUCAGGUCUAUGAAGCCUGGAAUGCUCUAUCCAACGAAUUAACACUACUAUGAUACAGCUGUUUUUUCCUCCUCCUUCCCGCUGCACUUUCUUUGCCUGCGUAAAGACUUAUGUAAUAUGCAGAGAGGGUGUACUCAGGGACUAAAUCAGCGCUUCCUGAUGGUUGUUCAGGAAGGUGGAGACAGAAAGCCUAAACCCAAGGAGGGAUACAAAGCAAAGCAAGCAAAUCAGCUUCCAAAAGUAUGAUUCCAUUUUUCAUUACUGCAGUCAGCAAAACAGCAAUCCUGCAUUGUUUAGAACCUAGACUUCAUGCUGUGCUUUUAGUAAAUAUUUAUGAAAAUAUUACAGUUAUAUGAGCAUGGCUCAGGGGGAAAAAUCUGCCCAGCACUGCUUUUAACUGAAUUUUUUGAAUCUAAUCUUGUCAAAGGGAGAGAGGUACACUUGUUCCUAACUAAGAUCAGUUAACCUUCUCCAACAGCCAGUAGCUACCAAGGUAUAAAUUAUGCGCUCCUGAAAAAGUUUGCCACCUUAGCUUAAGUACCACAGUAAUGCAAAAGUAGCCAGAGUGAGGGGGAGGAUAAGAGGCUCAGCCUCCAUGGUUGCAACUGAAACCAUUGGGAUCAUGUUGCAGGCAGCUUUGUUAGUAUAGCAUCUGGGGAAUUUUGAGUAUUAAUUUAGCAAUGGGGAGGAUGACACAGAUCUUUUUAUAUAUGGCUCUAUCUGCACUUGCACCCCCUUUUUUUUAAAGGUAGGCCUGUUUCACUUGAAGAAAAAACAACUGUAUUCUAUCAUGAGUGGAUUGAUGAGAGGUUUUUAAUUUGUUGAUAAUGUACAAACUGCACCUGUGACUUUUUUGAACAUGUGCAGAAAUCAUUGGAGUAAGUACUGUACUGUGAUCUGAUUUUUUAAAAAAAUGUUUUGUUUUGUGUAUCUCAGCCUGUACAGGUAGGUAGAUUUUUUUUAAAUAAACUGUCAGAUCUGUAAUAUUUCUUCCCAUCCAUGCAUUGUGAAAUGCCUGUGUAAAUAAACUGCAACUGCUUGGUA